CUUUUUAUUCUGCUCCGGGCUUCCUUUUUGGACUUCCGGCUGUCGCAUCUCAGAUCUCCCACCCAAUAAGGUACCCCACGCGGGCUCACACUUAGGUCCAGCCAAUUUAGACAGCUUCCCCGGGCCCAAGGCCACUGCACGGCACGGACACUGCGUCUUGCACAAGAGUUGAUACACUAGACAGUCUCGUCGAUAUCAAUAGAUCGCGCCCGGACACACACUUUUGGAGGAGGAUCACUGUGCAGCAUGCAAGGUCAAAAUCGGCUCCCCAGCACCAUGUCAUGACCUGGCGAAGCCGUGAGAACUCAGCUGCCAGUGGCCGGAAAUUACGACGUUGCAAUCAUGAGUGGCAUCCUGGACAAUGGGUUGCAGGAACACCCAACCGCCGCCCGGCGAUUUUGGGGAGAGGGGGAGCAACAGAGCAACAGAUACACGAUCGGCUCGCACUGCGAUGCCAACGGGGAGACACCGAAACCAGAACCAGGCCUUGGUCACCGGCAGGGCUACAUCCAGGCAUUGAUAGACUUCGCCGACGAAGAAGACAGGCCGAUUGUGGAUGACAUCGACGCCGACUCCGUCUUGGACGCAAGCGAUUGCCUCGACGGCCGAUCCGAGAGCGACACACAGUUUCAACAGCCGGGACGCGCAACCGAAAGCCCGGCAACCCAGAAGGCCAUGCCGCCUCUCCCAAUCGAGAGACCCCUCUCUUCACCGCAACCGCAGAUGUCGUGCAGAAUUUCGCAGUUUCCUUACCCGCAGCCGUGCGAAGUUCCCGAGUUGAUGCCAGACCACGAAGACAUGUCUGCCAUGACAGCCAGCCCGCCCGUCUCAGGUCCAGUGACCCCAUGCACCGUGCCCGACGUCUUCCGCCCGUUGACCCUCGCCCUCUCACCCGAACUCGACCUGGGUCCCAUCAUCAACCCCGCAUUUGAGCUGGAUUCGCACGGCCGGCGGCGCAAAAUGUCGGUCAAGUCGGCCGACACAGGUGUGUCAGACGGGUUGGGCAUCAUCCAGGAAAACGAGGGCGUAAACCCGGACGGCGUGUCAUUGUUGACGACCACCGAGGCAUCCUUCGGAAACAGCGCGGGUGAAGGCGGAUUGGGCCCUCCGCGAGCCGACAAGCAGAGUUUCCUCGCGGUGGAUGGCCACAAGCAUGGGCGAAGUGUGAGCUCCCUCGGGAGCGGGAGCUCUGGCGAGUGGCGGCCGAGCACGGCACGAAGAUCAGCCAACUUCCUAUCGCGCAGGCGCAAUGGUGGACGUGGCGACGACGAGUGCCUGGAGAGGCGAUCGUUGACUCCGGCGCAGCUUGCCUCGCCAACCUGGAGACAGGGGGCUUCUGAUGAUGAACUGCCGAUACCAGAGACAGCGUCGCCCUCUUCGCCCUCGCAUUCUACUAAGGCCGUCACCAGUACCACCACGAGGUUCUUCCAUCGCAUGCCAUGGUUCGGUGACUCGCAGUCGAGGCCCGAGGCGGUCUUUGGCGUCGACCUGAAGGAGAGUCUCCGCGUAGCGCCCAUGAAAAUCAGGAUAUCGCACAAAGGUAGGAGCACGUCGUACCGGACCUUCCCGUUGGCGGUGCACAAGUGCUGCGAGUUUAUUCGCCGGGCAGGCGGCACCGACCCCAACAUCUUCGCCUCGCCAGGAGACGCCUACAACGUUGCGAACCUCAAAGAUAUAUUCAGCCUCGCGCCGUCGUACGGGGAACACUUCCAGUUUGAAGGGAGCGACUACACAAUCCACGACGCCGCGCGACUGAUCUUGGUCUUCCUCGAGGACCUGCCCAAGCCGCUGAUCCCGCCGUCGGUAGUCAAGUCCUGGAUCCUGUUGGCGCGCCAAGAAGGCGCCAUCGAACCGCCGUGUCCGCGCGUCGAGACUGGUCUCGACUUCUGGACCGAAGCGCUCAACCGUCUGCCGACGCCCAACCGCAACCUGACCAAGCAUCUUCUCACGCUGUUUGCCGAGGUGUUGCUCGCCGCGUCGGGACAUAUUACCGAGGCGGACGCUAGGAAGUUGGCGUCGGCCGUGUCGAGGGCCAUGUUCCAUCAAGACGCGGACGGUGAUGCCAAGGGGGGCAAGGACCGGAAGAAAAAGUCGGACAAGCGGAAUGUGCAGCCGACGCUGGCGCUUGCGUUCCUCAUCAGGAAACGGGGCGAGUAUGCUGUUUCGCUUGGCGAGGCGGCCGCGAGCAAUGCGUCCAAGCGGGAUUCCAAGUUUCUGCCGAGCACGAGGGAGAUAUUGGAGUGGAAGGCGGGGAGCAAGUGAGGGCUGCUGGGAGGGUGUUGGAUGCAGGAGGACAUGGUGUUGAGAUACCCUUUAUCUUCUUUGCUAUUCUCUGCUCUGGAAAGUUUUCUGUGGGCUUCUUUAGGGGGUUGCGGCCUGUGGGGCAAGCGGCAUUGGGUUGGCGUUCUUCAGGCUUUCGUUCGACCAGCUAGUCCGUACCCGAGGCUAAGCUUUAAUUGUGUAUGGGGGUUGUACGAAGGAAAGAGGGAGUAUGUGAUGGAAGGGAUACCGUACAGUAUCAGUGAGUGACCCAUGUUAGCGAGUGGCCUACUUUCUACGCGACGCGAUACCUUUGCGCUUAACAACAACUUCCCUCUAUCAUCCAAGAUGUCCCCUACUUUG